AAAAUAAUACAAUUCUGAUCCGCACUUCAUAGGCCUACCAGUUGGUGGCGGUAAUGCGCCACUUGGUUGUUUGCCUACCGCCGCAAAAACAUCAAGAAGAAGACAAGGAGUGGAAGUGUUGAACGAGAGGAAGAACACGAACAUCUUCCAAGCAAACAAUUAAGAUGGGAGACAGUGAUGAUGAGUAUGAUCGCAGGAGAAGGGACAAAUUCAGACGGGAGAGAAGUGACUAUGACCGUUCACGAGAGAGAGAAGACAGACGCAGAGAUGACUGGAACGACAGAGAGUGGGACAGGGGCAGGGAACGACGUAAUCGCGGAGAGUACCGGGAUUAUGACAGAGGCCGUAGGGAGAGAUUCACCCCGCCCAGACACGACAUGAGUCCCCAGCAGAAACGCAUGAGAAGAGACUGGGAUGACCACGGUGGAGAUCCGUACCGUGGGGGGUAUGACUUGGGUUAUGGUGGUGGAGGAGGGCCCAGCUAUGGCCCACCACAGCAUUGGGGCCAUCCUGACUUGCACCUCAUGCAGCCUCAUCAUGGCAUCCCCAUUCAGGCGAGGCUUGGUAACAUCCAUGACAUGGAUUUGGGUCCACCCCCUCCCAUAAUGAAGAGCUUUAAGGAGUUCCUGCUGUCCUUGGAUGAUUCUGUGGAUGAAACUGAGGCAGUCAAACGCUACAAUGAGUACAAGAUUGACUUCCGCAGGCAGCAGAUGCAGGACUUCUUUUUGGCUCAUAAAGAUGAAGAGUGGUUCAGGUCCAAGUAUCACCCAGAUGAAGCCAGCCGACUUAAGGUGGAGGCCCAGAGUUCCCUGCACAACCGUCUGAAUGUCUUCAUGUUCCUGAUGGAGAACAGCUGGUUUGAUAAUGUCUCCCUGGACAUUGAACACACCCCAGCCAUCAUCAAGGUUCUGGAUGCAGCUGUGAUAAAGAUGGAAGGAGGGACUGAUCAUGACCUUCGCAUCUUGGACCUGUCAUCUGAAGAGGAGGAAGAACGGGAGAAGUUGGCAUCUGUUUCAGGGGGCGCCGAACCUCCCAAGAGGGAAGACCUUAAAACCUUGGACGGUGACUGCAAACCUUCAGUAGAGAAAGACAAAAAUGAGAAGGAGGAGAGCGACUCUGCCGGCACAGAAAGAGCUGCUGCAACAGAAGGGCAGGAUGUGAAAGAGGAGUCAGAGAAAGAAGCUGUCAUAGAAGAAAUGCCUGAACCCAAGAAACCGAGAAGAAAGAGGAAGCGCAGCGGAGACAGCGACGAUGAAGCCAGCGCCUCAGAGAGUGACUCUGACUCAGAUUCAGACUCAAAUUCCAACUGCUCUGAUAAACCUGUGAAGAAGGAAGAGGAGGAAGACAAGGAAGAGGAAGAGGAAGAGGAGGGUGAAGAAGAGAAACCAAAGGAGACUGCUGAAGAGGACAACAACAACAAAGAAGAGAAGAAACCCAAAGAUGACUCUCCCAGGCCGCGCCCUCUCCACAGAACCUGCUCUUUGUUCAUGAGAAGCAUCGCUCCCACCAUUUCCAAGGCUGAGAUUAUUGCUCUUUGCCGCCGAUACCCUGGCUUUCUGCGUGUUUGCUUGUCUGACCCUCAUCCAGAGCGCAGGUUUUUCAGGCGUUGCUGGGUAACGUUUGACCGUAGCGUCAACAUCAAAGAGGUUUGCUGGAACCUUCAGAAUAUUCGACUGCGAGACUGUGAACUGGCACCAGGCGUGAACCGGGACCUGGCCCGGAGGGUGCGUAAUGUUAAUGGCCUCACUCAGCACAAGCAGGUGCUCCGCAACGACAUCAAGCUGGCUGCCAAGCUCAUUCAUGCCUUGGACGAGAAAGGAGACCUGUGGAGCAUCAAGUCCCAGGAAGAGAGGCACAGAGAGAGCACAGAGUUGCCAGCUCAGAAUCCCAUCUUGAAGAACAUCACAGAUUAUCUGAUAGAGGAGGUGAGUGCUGAGGAGGAGGAGCUCCUGGGCUCCGGGAGUGGGAUGGAUUCAGAGGAGAGCACCAAGGAGGGAAACCCUGCAGAGACGACUGUGGAGAGAGAUGACAAACUAGCCAAGGUUUUGGAUCGUCUGGUCUUGUAUCUGCGUAUUGUGCAUUCAAUUGACUACUACAACACCUGUGAAUACCCCAGUGAGGAUGAAAUGCCCAAUCGCUGUGGCAUGAUCCAUGUACGUGGACCCAUCCCUCCUAACCGCAUCACACAUGGUGAAGUGCAACAAUGGCAGAAGAUGAUGGAGGAGAAGCUGAGUCCUCUGUUUAGUUUAAAAGAAAUCCUGUCGGAGGAUGAGGCAGGGAAGAUGGGCCGCAAGGAUCCUGUGGAGGAGGUGGAGAAGUUUGUGAAUGCCAACACCCAAGAGCUGGGGAAGGACAAAUGGCUCUGCCCACUAAGUGGCAAGAAAUUCAAGGGCCCAGAGUUUGUACGCAAGCACAUCCUGAACAAACAUGGGGACAAAAUUGAAGAAGUGAAAAAGGAAGUGGUGUUCUUUAACAAUUUCCUGAUGGAUGCCAAGAGACCGUCGCUGCCAGAGAUGAAACUUCCUCCUCUUCCAGGCCCAGGUGAAGGUUUGCUUUCUCCCAGCAUGCCAUUUCCUCCUCAAGGUCCUCAAGGUCCAAUGGGCUUUGGACAGCCUCGUCCACCACUGAUGGGCUAUGGUGGUGGACCUCCUUACCCCCCCAACCAAUACGGAGGAGGCAGAGGCAACUAUGACAACUUCCGCGGACAAGGUGGCUACCUGGGGAAGCCACGCAACCUCAGGUGAGACCACUAAUGUCACGCGGUGAUCCACGCAACAUCAUUGAAUAUCGUGACCUGGAUGCACCUGAUGAUAUGGACUUCUUUUAGAAGGUUUGCUUGGUCCUUUGAGUCUUCACUCUUUGCCAGUGUUAUGCGUUUUUUUGUAAUUUCGUUCUUCUAAAUAUUUCAUUUUGUAAUUGUGCAACAAGAACACAAACCUGCUGUAAACUGGUUCCUCAAUAAAGUUGUGACAAACUGCAUUAAU